ACUUUCGGAGAAAUCAAAACACUUCGGCUUCCUCAAAAGCUGUCGGAGUCUGGAACACAUAGAGGAUUUGCGUUUGUCGACUUUCUCACCAAACAAGACGCAAAAGUAAGUAACCCGUAUUAUGUUACUAUAAAAUGAAUACAUUUAUAUACUAUUCCAUGAUGCUAAUUGUUUUUUUUUUCUGGAGAAAGCAAGUUUCAGUCCACAGACCGUCAUUUUUCUCAUUUACCCACCGUUAACCAAUCAUAAGUAACGCUUGCCCACCCAAACAAUCCCACAAAUCGUUGCACCGAAAACUUGUGUCCAUUCCCCUUAUAGUUUCUAGAGUGAGGAACUGCAGUUUCAUUUAAGGGCCCUCUGACAUAUCUCUGGGGGCUGUUGCUAGAGAAAAUUUUGGCCGUAUAUCUUGGACUUCUUUUUCCAUACAUUAGUCAUCUUACAGCGCAGUACUUGUUAGUGAUAUGCAGAUGCAAAUAUGACGACAUCAGACCACACCCAUGAUCACGUGACCAAAAACGAAAAUGUCUAUAAUCUCGGAUGUUUACCAUUUCAAUCACUAUUUUGUCGUGCUUAAUUUCCCCGAUCUUAAAUUUCGCGUCAUUUGCCGAGUUGCCGAGUUUUUCUGCCUGGUCUCUCUAACAUACGCUCAGUUAUGAAACGCCGAAUCUAAAACCCUUCAAAUUUAAAUUUACUAUAAUUCGUCGUUACAGCUGGAGAACGACAGUACACAACAUUUCAGGUGAAAAGGUGUUUCUAUGUUAUACAUAAAAAUUGACCUCAUCAAAGUACGAUAUUCGAUAUUCCCAUAUAUUUCCUCUUAUUUCAAACAUUUUACAUGGCCCCUUGUAUUUGUGUCAUGCCUCCAGCAGACCGCUCGCGCCCGGGAACCGCCAACAUAUUUAUUGCCAAACCUUGUCAUAAACGUCAAGGAUUGGUCCGCAAAAGACAAUCGGUAAAUAAAGACAAUAAGGGGAACACAUAACAACAAAAAAAACAGACAAACAACCAAAUUGCAUUGAAAAUAGCAAGAACCCAACACCCGGAUAUGGGUAGGCCAUUAUCGAUUAUCCUAGCAUAAUUUUAGGCAUGGUGCGUCAUCAUGAGCAAAAAUUUUAAUUGUUUUUCCCGGAAAAGGUACCGGGUUAAUUGCUGAGAGUACAGAUGCUGCGUAGUACAACAUCUUCCACCUACUGCUACUACUGCUACUGGGGGUGUAUUCAAUCUGCCAAUCACCGGAUCUAGUUUCAGCUGUUCGAAAGCUUACCCUGCCCCGCACGGUAUUUUCGAGACAAACCAUUUUGCUUUUACCAGCUGUUUCCACGUUACGGGAAUAUUGCAAGGGUUCUUUUAAAUAUAUUUAGCCUGCGUAGCAUGGCGGUUUUGGUUGGGCGCGCAAACAGGCCUAGUGAUACUGUGAGUGCGCCCGACAAAACCGACAUGCUACGUAGGCUAAAAUAUAUUCGGAAAGUUUAAGCUGCUACGAGUUCUAAGUGAGACGGUGAAAGGAGUUUUGAAAACCCCGUGUGGGAGACGGUUGGUCAAUUGACUCCAGGAAACCGCAUAUUUCAAAUGCCACUGGUCUAGAAGUUUGCACUUAUCAUGUUCAGAAAGCUGCUCUUGCAAAUUCAGCAUCGCUUUUCUCGGUACAUUUUGGAAGGAUCGAGCUGAGCACACGCGAGGGUAUAAAGACAUAUCUCGUCGAUCAGAUGUCGGAGCUGCGAAAUUCAAUGGUUUGUCUUCAGUUAAGGCUCGAAGUCAGACGCGGCUGACUGCUGCCUGCCUUGUCUCGUUCUGUAGCUCUAACCGCCGGGUUAAAAUAGUCAUUGCGAAAAAUAACGCUUUAAACAGCUCGAGACGGCGAAAACAGAUGAAAGAUGACUAAGUUAGCAUUUCGCUUGAACUUCCUUAGAAAUUGUCGCUUCAAAUCUGUAUUUUCGAGUGAAUUGUAGCCGCCGCAAUGUCCAUCUGUAUUUCGUCUAUUUUAUCAAGACCGAUGCUCAGCUUUCAAUGACAAAAACGGCCACACAAACAGAGGGUGGUCUGCCUGUCCUAGCGUAACAGACAACGGCCUAGAAAUGGGAUCUUGGCACAAUGUAACACCGUGUAACACCAUUUAACACCGUGUAACACCCUCUAACACCGUGUAACACCCUGUAACACCGUGUAACACCAUGAAACACCGUGUGACACCCUGUAAAACUGCGUAACACCCUCUAACACCGUGUAACACCCUCUAACAACGUGUAGCACCAUGAAACACCGUGUGACACCCCGUAAAACCGUGUAACACCAUGUCGCACCGUGUAACACUAUGGAAAACCGUGUAACACCCUGUAAAGCCGUGUAACACCCUGAAAAACCUUUAUAACACCUUGAAACACCGUGAAGCACCCUGUUACACCGUGCAAAACCAUGAAACACCUUGUUACACCCUGUAAAACCGUAUAACGCCUUGUAAAACCGUGUAACACCGUGUAAUACCAUGAAACACCCUGCAAAACGGUGUAACACCAUGAUACACCGUGUAACACCCUGCAACACUGUGUGGCAUCCUCUUAAACCGCGUAACACACUGUAACACCGUCUAACACCCUGUUAAACCGUGUAACACUCUGUAACACCCUGUAACACCAUGAUACACCGUGUAACACCCUCUAACAACAUGUAGCACUAUGAAACACCGUGUAACACCAUUUAGCACCCUGUAACACUAUGAAACACCGUGUAACAUCCUCUAACACCGUGUAACACCAUGAAACACCGUGUGACACCAUGAAACACCGUGUAACACCAUGUAAAACCGUGUAGCACCCUGUUAAAGCGUGUAACACCCUGUAACACCGUCUGAACACCAUGAAACACUGUGUAACACCCGUAACAACGUGUAUCACUGUGUAGCACCUUGAAACACCGUUAAGCACCCUGUAAAACCGUGUAACCAGGGCCGUAUUCAGACUUCAGAACAAGACGAGGCAAGUUUCGAGCGCCGAGUGCACGAGCCGCCAUGGGGGUCUGGGGGCAUGCCCCGCCAGAAACUUUUGAAAUCUAGAGGCUCAGAAAUGCUCUUGUAAGCAUUUACCGUUGCAUUUUUCUUCAGAAAAGUCAAUCUUGGGCAAGUGUAGAAGUUCACUUUUUUAUUGUUUAGCGAUACUGGUGCCAAGUUUAUGACCAUCUGCAUUUUAAAGCAUUUGAAAAACCGCUACUACCAGUUCACAUGAAACGAAUUAACCUCAUUAAAAUGCUUUUCCCCUCAAAUCAUCCACCUUAUAUAAGCUGGUUUUAUCUUAACCAAUCCAAUUUUUUUCUAGGGGUUAUUUUCUCAAUUAAACGUUUCUUCAAAAAAAAAAAAAGGCCAAAAUCGAGACAAGGAACCUGCCUCGUCUUGCCUUAUGCUAGCUACGGUUCUGGUAACACCAUGAAACACCGUGAAGCCCCCUGUAACACCAUGAAACACGGUGUAACACCCUGUAACACCGUGUAACACUUUGUAAAACCGUGUAACACCCUGUAACAACGUGUACCACCAUAAAACACCGUGUAACACCUCGCAACAACGUCUAUAUAUCACCGCGUAACACCUUGAAACACAGUGAAGCACCCUGUAAAACCGUGUAACACCAUGAAACACGGUGUACCACAAUGUAACACCGUGUAACACCCUGUAACAAUGUGUAGCACCAUGAAACACCGUAAAAGACCUAAAACAACCCGUAACAACGUGUAUCUACCCGUGCAACACCUUAAAACACCGUGAUGCACCCCUUAACACCGUACAACACCAUGAAACACCCUGUAACAUCAUGUAACACCCUGUAACACCAUGUAACACCCUGUAACACUAUUUAACACCGUGUAACACCAUGUAACACCCUGUAACACCUUGUAAGAUCGUCUACCACCAUAAAACACCGUGUAACACCGUAAAGCACCCUGUAACACCAUAAAACACGGUGUAACACCCUGUAACAACGUCUAGCACCAUAAAACACCGUGUACCCUCUAACACCGUGCAACACCAUGAAACACCCUGUAACAUCAUGUAACACCAUGUAACACCCUGUAACACUAUGUAACUCCGUGUAACACCAUGUAACACCCUGUAACACCUUGUAAGAUCGUGUAACACCAUGAAACACCGUGUAACACCAUCUAACACCCUAUAGCAGCAUGUAACACCGCGUAACACCAUGUAACACCAUGUAACACCCCGUAACACCUUGUAAGAUCGUGUAACACCAUGAAACACCGUGGAACACCAUGUAACACCGUGGAACACCAUGUAACACCCUGUAACACCUUUUAAGAUUGUGUAACACCAUGAAACACCGUCUAACACCAUGUAACACCCUAUAGCAGCAUGUAACACCGUGUAACACCAUGUAACACCCUGUAAGACUAUGCAACACCGUGUAACACCAUAAAACACCGUGUAACACCCCGUAACAACGUGUAUCUGUCCGUGUAACACCUUGAAACCCCGUGAAGCACCCUGUAAAACCGAAUACCACCCUGCAACACCGUGUAACACCCUAAAACACCAUAAAGCACCCUGUAACACCAUAAAACACGGUGUACCACCCUGUAACAACAUGUAGCACGAUAAAAAACACCGUGUGACACCCUGUAACAACGUGUAGCAACAUGAAACACCGUGUAACACCCCGUAACAACGUGUAUCUAGCACCUUGUAAAACCGUGUAUCACCUUGUAAGAUCGUGUGAUACCAUCAAAGACCGUGUAACACCGUGUAACACCCUCUAACACCAUGUAACAGCAUGUAACACCGUGUAACACCAUGUAACACCGUGUAACACCCUGUAACACCAUGAAACACCUUGUAACACCAUUUAAGACCGUAUCACAUCAUGUAACACCUUGUAACACUAUGUAACACCGUGUAACACCAUGUAAAACCCUCUAACACCCUGUAACCCAGUGUAACACCAUGAAACACCGUAAAGCACCUUAUAAAACCGUUUAACACCUUGUAAGUUCAUGUAACACCAUGAAAGACCGUGCAACACCCUCUAACACCAUGUAACAGCAUGUAACAUCGUGUAACAUCACAUAACACCAUGUAACACCAUGAAACACCGUAAAACCAUUGUAACACCAUGAAACAGCAUGUAACACCAUACAUGUAACACCGUGUAACACAAUGUAACACCUUGUAAUACUAUGUAACACCGUGUAACACCAUGUAACACCUUGUAACAAUGUGUAACACCAUUUAAGACCAUGUAACACCGUGUAACACCAUGUAACACCUUGUAAGACUAUGUAACACAGUGUAACACCAUGAAACACCGUGAAGCACCCUGUAAAACCGUGUAACUCCUUGUAAGAUCGUGUAACACCAUGAAACACCGUGUAACACCCUGUAACACCAUGUAACAGCAUGUAAUACCGUGUAAAACCCUGUACCACCAUGUAACACCCUGUAACCUAACAUAUUACGUAACACUCUGUAACACCAUGAAACGGCGUAAAACCAUUGUAACACCUUGUAAGAACGUGUAACACCAUGUAACACCCUGCAGGAUCAUUUAACACUAUGAAACACCGUGUAACACCCUGUAACACCGUGUAACAACCCGUAACACCAUGUAACACCGUGUAACAUUAUGCAACACCGUGUAACACCCUUUAACACCAUUUAACACUCUGUAACAUUAUGCAACACCAUGUAUCACCCUGUAACACCAAGUAACACUGUGUAACUUUAUGUAACACCGUCUAACACUAUGUAACACCUUGUAACAGCGUGUAACAGCACGUAACACCCUGUAACAUUAUGUACCACCCUGUAACACCAUGUAAGAGUGUGUAACACCAUGUAACACCGUGUAACAUUAUGCAACACCAUGUAACUCCAUGUAACACCCUGUAACAUUAUAUAACAUCAUGUAACAAUGUGUAACACCAUGUAACACCGUGUAACAUUAUGUAACACCGUGUAACACCAUGUAACUCCGUGUAACACCGUGUAACGCCAUGUAACACCCUGUAACAUUAUGUAACACCAUGUAACACCGUGUACCACCCUGUAACAACACCCUGUAACACCAUGUAACACCCUUUAAUACCAUGGGACACCCUGUAACACCAUGUAACACCGUGUAACACGCUUUAAGACCAUGUAAAACCCUGUAACACCAUGUAACAUCGUGUUACAGGGUGUUACAUGGUGUUACAGGGUGUUACACGGUUUUACAUGGUGUUUCACGGUGUUAUAUGGUGUAGCCUGUUCCAGGCUCCGAGAUGGUGGUGGAAUGGAAAGUCGUUCAGUAAUAAGAAAGGCGAAAAACGAGCGGGGGUUGGGGAGAGACAGGGCGGCGGAGCCUGUACGCAUUUUUUUAACGGCCUGUUCCGGUAUAUCAGCUCCUGAUAUACCCUCUGAUUGGUCAAUUGUGACAGUUAGCAUCAUCACCUAGUAGCGUGGUCAUCUGUUUGUCAUCACCAAGAUGGCUAACGCGAAUCGCGCGUGUGAUCUUCAUGAAUCCGCGUCGUCUUGUGCUUUAGACGAGUGUCUGCGACUUGGCUCGCGGUAAAGAUGUUUUCGGUAUUAUGCCCACCGGUUUCGGCAAAAGUUUAAUCUUCCAGCUACAGCUAUUCCCACGCUUAGCUAAAGCUGCUCGAACCCUAGAAAAAUCUAUGAUAAUAGCCGUUUCGCCGCUGAUAUCUAUAAUGCGAGACCAAGUGGAACAACUGAAAAAGCUUGGAUUUUCGGCCGCAGCUAUUUGGCAUCGGUGACGAGGGAGAGGAGGACGAGAGGAAAGCGAGAGAAGGAAAAUGCGAAAUUGUUUUCGGUAAUCCGGAGUCCUGGUUGAUCACAAAGUGGCAAUAACAAAACAGUCCACCUGGUUAAGCUUAUUCCGCUAUUACCAAGGGAGAAACUACGCGCUCCAGUCAAAAGACUCACACUAUUUUCAGAGAAACACUAUCAAGCUGGAGUUUACUAAGUCACAAUGCAAUUCUCCUUAGUUGAUGUAGCUUAAGUUUAAGCUGCACUUCAUUCUUAUAAUUCUGGAUCUGUAAAUCACUAUCCGUGAUAAUUUAACAUUCUGCAAAGAAAACUAACGAGCUGGGCCCAGCGUGAUACAACAUUGCAGAAAAAUAUUACAUUAAUUCACGGACUAAAGAAAAUCACUUAGUUAGUCAGAUCCAGAAGGCACUUUGGAGAAAAUUAAAACCCUUAUUCAGCCGCAAUAAAAAGCUUUACGCUUCAAAUUAGAGGUCAAAGAAAAUGCUCUCUCAUCGGAGGGCAAAUUCCUGCCGACCAGAAACAAACGCCACAGUAAAUCGAUAUUUGUGCCAUGACCUCUCAGUGUGAAACAAGCGGCUAAAGUCACAUUUGCUCAGUGACAAUGUAGAACCUUCCAGAGCAUAACCUACCCAACUGAGGAAAAAACUUACCACCCCCUUUUAUUGCUAUAAACUAGAGCCAAAAAACCGGAUGCUCUCACAGGAUAACGGAUUCGAAGACAUAAAUUUCCACACAUCGCACAAGGAGUUCGCGUCGCGUGCAAUGCUCACGCGCGAAACUUGAGAAUGAUUGUAGCUAACUGAAGUGUUAACAGUUUUGACAGCCGAAUCCAGACGUGACAAAAAUGGGCGGAAGAGGGUCGUCAAAGAAAUGCUAACAGGCUCUCUCUCCCAUUUUUCCCGCCGCCACCGCCCCCUUUCCCAAGUCGUGCGCGUCUUAUUUUCGCUUUGCUCGUUUUAAUACGUUUCCACUAUACUAUCUGAGGGCCUGGCACAGGCCAUAUAUGGUGUUACAUGGUGUUACAGUGUGUUACAUGGUGUCACAUCGUGUUACAGGGUGUUACAUAGCAAUACGGUUUUACAUAGUGUUACACGGUGUUUCAUUGUGUUGCAUGGUGUUACAGGGUGUUACAUGGUGUUACGUGGUGUUACAUGGUGUUACACGGUGUUACAUUAAACCGUAUAACCCGUAACAACGUGUAGCACCAUGAAACACCGUGUAACACGCGGUAACACCGUGCAACCCGAUGAAACAACGUGUAACAGCCUGUAACACCAUGAAACAGCAGAGUAUUUAGAAUUUGACUAUACUAACGUAUAGUCCUGAAUUUCUCACCACGGAUGGCAUGCUGCAGCCUUUUUUUGAAAAGUUGCAAUAAUUUACUAAGAAGGAAAAAGUUUCCUUCCAGUACCCCCUAAAAUCAUUAUAUGCAAGCGCAUCGGAAGUGAAAAUGCUUUCCCUUAGCAACGCGCGAAAGAUAGGUCAUGGGGCCCUGAAGCCAGGCUCUGAAUUUGCGUGAAAUGCAAUUUGCUCUCUUCUUAAGAUUCUUUAAGGUAUUCACUGAAUACGCGAAAAAGUUUUCUCGUAGAAAACGAUUCCUUUCUCUUUACAUUCUCAAACAAUAAAAUGUUAUUGGUUUUUGCUGAAGAAACAAGUCACUUGUUCAGAGUAAGAUUAGGGGGUAAUUCCGUCGUUUUCAUAUUUUUUUUAGCGUGCCUUCGAAUCCUUGUGUAGCAGUACGCAUUUGUACGGGAGGAGACUGGUACUCGAAUGGGCUGAGGAUGAGGACAGUGUAGAUGCUCUUAGAAAGAGAACCGCUGAACACUUUCAUGGAAGUAUCCUUUUUUAA